CCAGCUUCAAAAUUUUUCCUUCACUGCACGGAAUGAAAACCAACUGGUUGCGGUCUUGAGCAGUCUAUUUUGUAUAAAAAACAUAACAAUUACCACUCUUUUCAGGCAAUGAUAAAUGAUCUGAUGUUUCGUGACUCUAGCCGCAAAGAUGUAGCUGGCAAUGAAAGUUUCUUAAACGGCCGCAUCAGCAACACUSGCAGCAGCRAUGCGAACAUCAACAUUAAUUUCGAUGGCAACACCCAUGGUAGCGGAAAUUGUAGCAWCCUUGCUACCAAUCUUCUACCAAAKAAUGUUGCUUGUGCUGGUAUUGCGAUUCAAUCCGAUCUCUUAGACGAAGUUGUCGCWAAUCAAAUGCAACARAAAAUUAACAAAAUGAGCAAGAASUAUUACCAAAGCUUCUUUUCCUUUGGCCAAAAUAGCAACARCAAUGACACAGGCGCCGACCAUGCGCAAGACUCCAGCGACGACAUGGUUUCAUCUUUGACCCAAAAAUUACGCAAUCUUUCCGUGACAGAACGUGAAAACGCUCAGAGUGACAUGUACGGAUUUCGAUUGAAGCCUCCCGAACACGAUCUCAAUCAAGUCCAAGAGCAGAUAAAGGAAGUGGAUAAUUACAUUGCGAAGGCAUCUKCUGGAAACGAAGAGCAGUUCUCGUCCUUGCGAUUGGUCAUGCACAUCGAUGUUCCUUCCGAGAGGAAUCGAUAUGGCAGCAACAAAUACUACGGAAAUGGAAAUUCCGGCGCUCUAUACAUUCAAUCACAACGACUCAAAUUUUUGCGGGCUUCAAAUUGGGAUCCGGAAUCCACCGUSGUUCGAAUGGCGAAGUACCUUGAUCUCAAGCUGGAGUAUUUUGGCGCUGAUUCUUUGGCAAGAGAACUUACCCUACAAGAUCUGGGKGAAACGGACCUCGAUCUGUGGAGGCGUCUCGGAUUUCUACAACUCUCGGAAGAACAAGAUGCSUAUGGUCGUGCAAUAUUGAUCUUUAUGGGAAAAGAGCAAUGCAAAGUCACCCCCAAAACCUUCGUGAGUUUUAAUUUUUCGCUCUAAUUCUGAYGAUGUCCAGACACAUUACGAGCUGAGGGCUUCGAUAUAUAUUUUUGUUUCCCUUCGUGCUAUGAUAAAUAGAGGCCUUUCCUCUUUUUCUAAUUCAGGCUUUUUUCUCUCGUGUUUUCGCAGCUUCGAGUUCUUAUUUACAUGACGACGAUCAUGGCCCGAGAUGAAACAAUUCAGAUYAAUGGAACCARUCAMGUGUACAUCRRCCAUGGGCAAAAUACUUUCGAUAAAAAUCGUCUGCAAAGAAUUUUGAAGUCUUUCCAUGGAUUCCCUAUUCGAGGGAUUGCGCGCCAURUUUGUCACGACGGYGUAGAAAUUAACSCUUUUCUGGAGGGARUAGUGAAGUUUUCCACAAGAUGGUCUGCCAUCCGAUUCAAACUGCAUCAUGGAACUAUUGUGGAGUGUGUCUAUAACCUUUUGACCUAUGGAAUUCCAAGGGAAGCCAUUCCCAUUAACAACUCUGGGGAAGUAGAUUUAAGGUUUCAUCACUCUUUUUUGAAUGCGAUUGAAAAAGAGGAUGCCGKCGAUCGAGUGCUUAGAAGACAAUUACCGGUCGAGGAUAUUCAUCAAUYACAAGUAGAGCAUCAACAUCAACGACAAAGARAUCAAGCAAUGGCAUCCAGUAGCAACAAUAACGUUUUCAACCAGCAGCAGAUGGCAAACAGCAGGGGGCAACCAUAUCAAAAAGAGCCGCCUUUGCCAAUUUUGGAAGACGGAUUGUGGGACAUUUCGGGAUUGCCAGAAACGAAUCUAGAUCYGCUAGUAUCGAGUAUGGGAUGUCUUCCGGAAGGUGACCGCGAAAACAAUUAUAUUUUGGGUACCAAUACGAAUCCGAACUCUGCAACGAGCAACGGCCGUAUGGUACCACUUCACACUCAUUCAUUCAGCUGCGAAACUAAUCUUGUCACUAUAAAUGGCGGGGGUCAAUUUGGCCAAACGGACGAGCCCAUAUUGACCGGAAUCGAACAGAUUCAACCCAGUGUCACAUAUUCUGCAGCGGAUGCUCUAAGACAGGGAGGAAACGAAACGAAUGGGUAUAUUUUGGUUCCCGGUCCUUUCGAUGUUAURAUGGGUCGUGGCCGGCACAAYAAGAAAAAGCCGGGCAACCAAAGAUUGAACAAGCUGUUGGCGGAACAUCAGGCGGACUAUGAAGCUGGUGACAAAUUCCAAAAGACUGUCCUAUCCCAGGUCCUCGUGAAGAAAAUGAUGGAAGGUGGGAGUCGGUUCAUAAUUCGUGACAGUGAGGUGGGAAAUGGUUUGUGGGUUCAGGUGUCGCUUGAGAAAGCGAGAGACAAGGUUGCCCACGAUUUCCGCAAUCUGAGAAUCAGUGCCAAGGGGAAAGCGAAAGACGCCAAUAAAACAGGCAAUCGAUCAAAGAACAACGCAAAUUCAAGUCWGAAACGGCCGCGCUCGGUUCCAAGUGCAGGUGAAGAAGAAACCGGUUCCAAGCGAUCAGUCUUCUGAGUCUGAAUKCGAUAUUUUUAUUCUAUAUAAAAUAAAAAUAGAUUG